AACUGGGAACUGGUCGCUGAGAACACAUACACAAAGGGACAUUAAGAGUCGCGACGAUGGGCAUCAAAUUGUACUACACCACCGUCACUGCUUCAAGGGAGGUGAAAUCCCAGCAGGCCGAGGUGAUGCGCAUCCUGGACAGUAAGAGCAUCCACUACGAGCUGAUUGACAUUUCAGUGGGCGGGGCUAUUCGUGAUGAGAUGAGGACUAAGUCGGGCAACCCUACUGCUGUCCCACCCCAGAUAUUCAACGAGGACCAGUACUGUGGGAACUAUGAAAUGUUUUCAGAGGCAGUGGAAGCUGACACAGUGGAACAGUUUCUGAAGAUGGCAUGAGAGCGCCACCUGGUAGCAUCCGACAUCCCCACACAUCCUCAACACUGGCUCCCCCAACUCCCCCCUCCCCACCCUACCCCCCGAAAACUCCCCCUGCCCACCCCCUGUUCCAAAACAGGGAGGUCCUGUCCUCCACCCCUCUGCCCCGCUGGCGGUGCCCACCCUUCUUUGUCUCAAUGCCAUGUCUCAUGCCAAAAACAACCAACCAAUUGAAAAAAAAGCACACAUGACCCCACAUAACCCCAUUCUUGAUUAGGUUCGGCUUCAACCACCCUGCGAUUUUUGAUUGUUCAUGACUUCUCUCUUUGUGCGGUCUUAUUUUGUCCCUUUGCACUCUGGUCCUUCCUCUUCUGGGGUUUAAAUGUCACUAAUUUGUCUUAAUCUCGUCGGGAUCAAUGGAACGCCUGGAUGUGUAGUAAUUAGGUCAACUAAUCUGGGCCUCAACCACAUGAUUAUUUCAGAUUAAACUAAUCCACAGGCAAGCAAACAUUUUAAGCAACUUCUUGAUCUCUCUUUUGGACCAAACAAAUAGUAAAACAAAACAAAGAAAGAGAAAGAGAAUACUUUAAAUAGCACUUUCAAGUCAGAUGUUUUUGAAAUGAUUUACUUUUCAGUUUUGUUAAUUGGCCUUCAUGUUCCCAUAGAGAGACUGAUAAUUUAAGUCAUAUCAAACUGUUCAUCGGUCAACAAUUUGAUCGGAUUAGUAUGUCCCCUGCAAUUGGAAAAAACGCCAGUUACAUUAGUUUGAAUGUUGACAACAGAGGAGUCUUAUUGGAUUGUGUAUCAAAUAUGGGGAUAUACAUUGAGUUCUAUAGUUGCGAACAAUGUCAAAGACUGUGAAGGUUUUGUAGUGAAAUCCAAUCCAACGUAUUUCUAAAUAUGCAGGGAGUGGACAGCAUUCCAUUGUGUUAAACUCAGUGCCAAUAAAUUUCUCUAAAAACGUGUUUUCCAUAUACACAUAGUCUUCUCUCUGCUUACUCCAAACCAUUGCUGUGGUUAAUUAACUGAACCCCAGAAACCUUGCACACAGUUAUAUCUAUAUAUAUCUAUAUAUAUAAUCUUAAUCUUCCAGAGUCUUAUAUUCUGAUGGCAGUAUUUAGUACACUGAAGCUAAGAAGAGAUACGAGCCUGUGUCAUUGAAAUUCAUAAUCUUGCCAGUUGGCAGUCUUUUCCUGUGAAGUGAUCAAAUGCUCUCUCAUUCUUACGUACACCUGUGAUGUUCUAGAUUCUCAUCUCAUUAAGUUCUGGCAAUGCACUGACCUUGGCUUUUCCACUAUCGACCUACUUGUCAAUGUCUUUGAGUCUCGGUGUGAUUUGGUCAUUCCUACAGUCAUCUCUCUGUGUCCACUUCCUAAGAGCUUGACAAGAGCUUUAUUGAAGCUCUUCACAUGGGGAACGAUGAAGUCGCUACCUGUAAUACAGUCAAGUGUAUGCUACCAUACACACACUGUUUUGGUGUGUAAAUUAUUGGGCUUGAUGUGUUAUUGGAUUUAGUAUGAUCAUGUUAGUCUUUUUUUUUUUUUUGCUUCUGUCGAGACUCCUUAUAUUGUCUAAAAGCCCAAAGUAUUUCCAUUUUGGGUUUUAGAAAUAUAUAAAUUCAGAUAUUUGAAAUAUCUAAUCCAGACAUUCCCUCGCCUUGACUAAAUCAUUCACCAUCUCUAUUGUUUGUGAAAAUUUCUUGUCUCUUUGUGCUUUUUUUUUGCUCUUGGACCAACCUCCCUUUUUGGCCAAAAUAAAAAAAAUAAAAAAAAAACCCUGCAGAGACAAAUAGGGAAAGUGAUGCUGUUGUCUUCCAAGAAGAUGGUGAAAUGUUAAUGAAUGGGUCAAAUAA